AUCGACCCAGUAGCGCAGACAGUACGGUGGAAACUCUCUCGCCGAAAAUUACUAUGUAGCUGUCAGGAGGAAACAGCAAACUAACCUUACAGCUUUACGUUCAAUUGCAAAAAGCUCCCAUAAUGCUUCGACGUGAAUUGAAUGUAGUGACUAAUUUAAUUCUGCAUUGGAACAUUUAAUAAAUUUUAAAAACGCUUGCAUAGUCUUCCAUAAUAAUAAAUCCGAGCCACUUUCGUUACCAAAAAAACGAGAGAGUGUUAAUAGUUACGUGUAAUGUUAACUAAUUUUAAUUAAAAAUAAAAAAAUAAAUUCGAAAAGGCUUUAACAUAAAAUGAUUAAUAGCGUUAGCAGUUCUCACUGCACCUACAAACUGUUAAGGCUCUUGCACCAAUAAUGGGUUAUAGAAAGCCGAAACGAAAACCCUCGACACCAUGGAAAGUAAUAAGAAGAUGCAUGAUAUUUUUUACAACAAUAUGUAUCAUACCCGUUGUUCUGGUUUUAUUCGUUACUUCCGACCAAUAUUUGCGGCCCAUGAGAGGACAUCGUUUGGGAUUGAGACCGGAGAUGGAUUUUUAUUCUGAUGGAAGUAUGUACCUGCGAAACUACAAUUCGACUGUUGUGCAAAAAAGACUGGAAGAAAGAAAGAGAUACCUUAAGCAAGCCUGUAACAAUUUUGGCCUAGAUAUAAUAGGAAACGAUUCUCUUCAUAAGCCUAACUCUUGGGAAUUCUUAGUAAAUAAGAAAUAUCAUUUGGUUUGGUGUAAUGUUUUUAAGGCGGCCUCCACGUCGUGGAUGUAUAAUUUCAAUCUUUUGGCUGGAUACAGCCCGAAAUUUUUACAGCAAACUAAACUGGUGCCAUUAUCGUUAGCUCGUCAGCGGUACCCAAGACCGUCCCUCUCGCAGUUAAAGACAGCGUUUAAUAACUCGGUAUCAUUUGUUAUAGUUCGGCAUCCCUUUGAACGAUUACUUUCCGCCUAUAGGGAUAAAUUCCAAUUUGCAAUACCUCACGCGUAUCAUCGAAAAUUGGGGAUGGAGAUUGUCGAAAAAUACAGACCAAAGAUGCAGAAACGAACCAAAUGGCCUACGUUUCCAGAGUUCGUAAUGUACUUAAUAGACGCUGUGAAAAAUAGUCAACCUUUGGAUAUGCACUGGACACCCAUAACAGAAUUCUGUACACCUUGCCUAUUUGAUUUCGAUGUCAUUGCACACAUGGAAACGUUACAGGAGGAUCAAGAGUACAUCAUCCAAAAAGCCAAUUUACAGAAUGUCAUAAGAGCGGAAUGGAAAAAUCCAGGACGCGGUUCGACUUCUGAUCAAAUCAAAAUGUACUUUUCUCAACUAACGCAGGCGCAAAUAUUGCAACUUUAUCAUAUUUACAGAUACGAUUUCGAAUUAUUCAACUAUUCAUUCCAAGGCUACCUAGAGUUAGGCAAACUAGAUUCCGAUCCAUCGACAUUACUAAAUGCAAUCAACUUAAAGGAUGUUCCGAGGCCUGUAGCAUCAUCUCAUGCUCAAUCAAAUUUAUUAAACAUUGUGAUGCAAAACGUUAGUCUACAAGUACCUAACCAUUAAUUUUUAUAAAGUAUACAUAUAGAUUUUAAUAACAGUAUUUUGUCCCCCUAUUUUAUAGCACUGUUGUAUAACAUUCACUUUUCUAUAGAGAAAAACUCCUCGACAUUCUUUUGUUAUGUUAAAACAUUUUAAAAUAAUGCAAUUACAAGACAAGCUUCAAAAUAUACUAGUUAAAGGUUUAUCGAUACAAUUACACUCUUGUGUAAAAUUGUGAUACUAGCUUUAGCAAUUAAUUUAGUGUUACAUAGCGAAUUAUGGUUAUUGAAAUUGAAAUUCCAAUUUA